AUGGCGAUUUCAACGCUUAUGUUAACUUCCCUCUUCUCCUUCGCGGUAGCGACCGCGAUCGCAGAUGCGGCGACAUUCAAUGUGACGGAAAUGGCUUUCGAUGAUGAAUACCUACCAUUGUUCGGCGAGCGCAACCUCCUGCGCUCCGCCGACGGACGGACAGUCAAGAUUCUCCUGAAUCAACAUUCAGGGUCAGGAUUCAUUUCUUCGAACUUGUAUUAUCACGGUUUGUUCAGUGCGUCGAUAAAGCUCCCGUCUGCAUACACUGCCGGCGUCGUAGUCGCAUUCUACAUGUCGAAUGGGGAUAUAUUUGAGAAGAAUCAUGAUGAACUGGACUUGGAGUUUUUGGGCAAUCUUUGGGGAAGAGAAUGGAAGGUUCAGACCAAUGUGUACGGGAAUGGGAGCACAAGUCGGGGACGAGAGGAACGGUAUCGACUUCCUUUUGAUCCGACGGCUGAGGCUCACCGUUACUCUAUUGUUUGGACUAAUACCACAAUCAUAUUUUACGUCGAUGAGAUUCCGAUAAGGGAGGUGGUGAGAAGUCCGGCGAUGGGCGGCGACUACCCAUCAAAGCCCAUGCUAAUCUACGCCACCAUCUGGGAUGGUUCCAACUGGGCCACUUCCGGCGGAAAGCACAAAGUCGACUACAAAUACGCACCUUUCGCCAGUGAUUUCUCUGAGCUCAUCCUCAAGGGCUGUCGUCUUGAUCCCAUACAGGAGUUGCCUGCGCAUGCGCAGUGCCAUGAGCAGGAGCUCGAUAUUGCUGUUGCAGACUACUCGGUGAUGACAGAGCAGAAGCAGAAGGCCAUGAUGCAGUUCAGACGAGAGUACAUGAUCUACAGCUUCUGCUACGAUGAGUUGAGAUAUCCAUCCACCUUUCCUGACUGCAAAAUCGUGGAGGAGGAGAAGGAGAAGUUUGGAAGGACAGGGCAUGUUAUGCGACGUCCGUCGUCAAAGCCUGAAGUAAUGAAGGCAGCUCUGCCUGUGCGCAAACGAAGGCCGAAGAGACGCAAUCAAGCCAGGAGUAGAAUUAUCAUUAGUGAAACAGCCGAAAUAUGA